CACUUAGCACCACUGCCACUCAGCCGCAAGACAGCACCCGUGAAACCGUAUUCGAGUGUGGUUGUUGUCUAGUCCCCGUACACGCUUACAUCGCGCACGCGGUCACACUCGUCAGUUGGCUGUAGCCAGGACGCGCAACGUUCGCACGCGUGCGCUAGUCCGGUCGCGGUUUUUGCUGUGAAAAUAAUAAUUUUUUUUUUUAGCUUUUCGUUUUUACUCCCUCUCUUUUUCUCGCCGUUUUGUAGUUCCCGCAAUCACGCGACUCCAACAAUCACAAUCAUAAUAAUAAUUUACGAACUGCGAAUAAUAAUAACAACAAACAAUUGCUGCGCGCAAUGAGUUCCGUCGGGAAACCGUCCGAGCAGUCGUUUUAUUUACACCGCCGGCGUGCCGCCUCCAUCAUCGCGCGAACGGUCUCUUCCGAGUUUGGACACAACGAGUGAACGAUACUGUUGUCGCCACCACCACCAACAACAACAAAAGUCACAUGGUUCUCACGCCACUACCGCCGUCGUCAAGCAGCAGUUAACACUUAACACGCGGUCCAGUGUCAUCCGUUUCCCAUUGUCUUCACAAAAAUAUUCACGAUGGAUGGCAAAAUCAAGAAACUCUACAAAAUCGUAUUGACCGGUGGUAAGAACGAUUCCUCACACGCGUAUCGCCCUUGUGGUGGCAAGACAACGGGACAGUCACGAUUAUGUACAUUCUUUGAGAAUUUAGGAUGGAAGGUUUAUAGAGUUCCAGAGACUGCCAACGUUCUAUUAAGUGGUGGCAUCAAAUUUUCGGAAUUAAGUGACGAUGAAGCCCAUAAAUUUCAAGAGAAUCUUCUUAGAUGUAUGUUACAAAUAGAAAACACGUUUUUUGAACUGGGCGAAUCAUGUGACCAAGACUGUCUAAUCAUUUGUGAUAGAGGUGCUAUGGAUGCUGCCGCGUAUAUACCUAGUAAUAAAUGGGAUCUGAUAAUGAAAGAAAAUGGUUUGAACAUGGUUGACUUGAGAGACAAUCGUUACAAUCAAAUAAUUCACAUGGUUUCUGCUGCAUGUGGGGCUGAAGACUUUUAUACAACUGAGGAUCAUACGAGUAGGAGAGAGGAUGUUUCUCUUGCUAAAAGUCUAGAUGUUAAAGCUUCAGCAUCAUGGAUCGGACAUCCAUACUUUGAUGUCAUUGAUAAUUCAUCAGAUUUUGAAAAUAAAAUAUGCAGAAUGAUAGCUGCUGUUUGUCAGAAAUUGGGCCUAGACACUGGUGAUAGAUUAGCUACAAACUCGAAAAAACGUAAAUGGUUAGUGAAAUAUCUACCCAAUGAUCAGUUGUUUCCUCCAUUUCAAGAUUUUGAUGUUGUACACAAUUACUUGCAGACAUAUACUAAAAAUAUGCAAGCUCGUUUACGAAAACGAGGACAAAAAGGCCAUUGGAAUUAUACACAUACGAUUCGCAGGCCUAGAGUCCGUGGUCAAGUAAUAGAAGUAAAAACGCAGCUCAGUCACAGAGACUAUGUGAAUCUGUUGUCACAAAAAGAUGAAACCCACUAUCCAAUUUAUAAAAAAAGGCGAUGUUUUAUACACUACAAUCAGUAUUUCCAGCUGGACAUUUAUUGUAAACCUUGUCAUAAAAGGUGUGAAGGGUUAGUGUUACUUGAAACGUAUUCUGCUCUUGAGGACCAAGAGCUGCUUGACCGUUUACCAAAAUUCUUAGACAUUGAAGCUGAGGUUACUGGUAACGCAGCUUAUUCCAUGUUUAACUUGUCACUUGUUGAAGAUUGGGACAAGUCAAAAAAUUUUUGUCACUACUUGAAAGGGCCAGAUGAAGAUCUGAGUGUAGGUGAUCAUAAAACCAAUCAAGUUAGUUACAUUCAUACAAAUGGAAAAUUAAGGAAAUAGUGACUUUGCUUUUACAUUUUUAAUAUAGUAUUACAAUUUUGUUUUUAGAUGUUUAUCAUUGUAUAAUAUUCAUUUUUUUUUACGUUUUGUUAAGUAGUAUACAAAAUUGUUAUCAAUAGAUUGUUAAGUUACUAAUCUAGGUACUUUAUGUAGUUUGUAACAUAAAUUACUCAUACUUACGUUUAUGCAUUAUUUUUCUUUAUAAUUGCUAUUGUUUUUUUCUUUAUUAUUAUAAUUCUUUUUUUUUUUGCAACCAGUACAUUAUAUUACAUUAUACUGUAGG